AUGCUGUCAAGAGAAGCUCGUAAAGAGCUUCGUAAACGUGGAGCGGCCAGAAGAACUGUCGACUUAGAUGACUUGGUACUAAAGACACCUCCCAUCAAAGACAGCAAGGAGAACUUGCUGAGCUCCUCGUCACGUGAAUCGUCAAGUGAUGAGGGGUCGAAUGAGAAGUCGAGUGAGAAGUCGAGUGAGAAGUCGAGUGAGAAGUCGAAUGCGAAGUCGAAUGAGAAGUCGGAUGAGAAGUCGAAUGAGAAGUCGAAUGAGAAGUCGGAUGAGAAGUCGAGUGAGAAGUCGAAUGCGAAGUCGAAUGAGAAGUCGGAUGAGAAGUCGAAUGAGAAGUCGAAUGAGAAGUCGGAUGAGAAGUCGGAUGAGAAGUCGAAUGAGAAGUCGAAUGAGGAAAAGCAAAUCAGAAGGAGAACUUUAAGAAGCUCUGAUUAUGACGUUAUUGUUGUUGGAGAAAGAAAGUCUAAAGGGAUUUCACCAGUUGCUGAAAAGACCAUGAGGAGAAAGACAACUAAAAAAAGAGGGUCACUCCUAAAGAAGGAAGCCAACGUUAAGAAGAGACGACUUACAAGCAAUCCAGAAGAUGAAUUCAAAGAGGAAGAUGUUGACUCUUCUGGGCUUGAGUUAAGGCCCGUCUCUGAGGAAGCAUAUCAAUCCUCUAAGAGUCGAAUUGCAACUUCUUAUCAACAAAAAGUUGAAUCUAGGACAGUAAAAUCGCAUAAAAGAGGACGUAAAAAGCAACACAAUGGGAUGGUUCAAAUCAAAUAUCGAAGAAUGCCUGCAAAUAGAACCAAAAUCAUUACUAUAGACGUUAUUGGUCAGAUUCUUUCCGAUUACUUCUCUAAAAAGAGUUUGGAGAAGACCAAGUUUGGCAAGUUCCUAGCCAGCUACCGAAGUAUCUUGAAUGAGUACUUUGAUCUAUUAAUUGAUCUCCAAUUGUCGAACAAUUUGAUUCUCUACGACUUGAGUGCAGUUAACAGACAGAAAAACCAAUGUAGACUUGAGAUUUUCAAUACACGAGAAGAAAGAAAUGAGAAUAGUGUUAAGAUCAAUAGUUUACGUCAAGGAUACAUGGAGCUGAAGAAGAAGUACGAUGAAAAGUUGAGGAUGUACAAUAAUUUGCUAGAAUUGAAAGGAGAUAGCAACGCUAACCUUGAAAAAAAACCUCAUGGAACAAGCAAUCAGCUGCCAUUGGUGGACUUUGCUCUGGUUGACUUGAAGAAAGUCGUAGAGCCAGGAUUCAAUUUGAUUGACAAACUGAAGGCCGUCAAUGAUCAGAUAGGUAAAUUGGUGGAGGAUUGA